AUGCCACCGAAAAAAUCUAACCUCAACAACGAGCUUAGCAGAGAGGCACGACGCAAACGUGUUGAAAGAGCUCAUAAGUCGGCAGAACAAAUCACAACAAGAAAUGCAGCUCAAAGAAUCAGGACAGCAGAGGGUCGUGCACAAGAAUCUCAAGAACAGCGUGAAGAACGUCUGCGACAGACUAUUACGAGAACAAGAGCGGCACGAGAACGAACCAUAGCUGCAGCACGAGUACAAGAGCGACAGAGGCAGCAGGCCAGCCGCUCAUUAAUACGUGCAUCAUUUGAUCGUCUUUCUUUCGAAUAUGCACCAGAUAUUAACUACUCUGCGCAUCCAAAAAUUGGUAUCGGUGCAAUGGAUAAAGUAUGUCAAUAUUGUCAGGCAUUGAAAUUUCGGAAUGAAACACCCGGCAUGUGCUGCGCAUCAGGAAAAGUUGUGCUGUCACCUCUACCCACUCCGCCGGAACCUUUAUUAUCCCUUCUUGCUGGCGAGUCAGACGAUUCAAAAUUAUUUUUGCGUAAGAUACGCAAAUUUAAUUCUUGCUUCCAAAUGACGUCAUUUGGGGCAACUAAAAUUUGCGAUCUCGCAUCCAAUGGGCGUAAUUUUGAAACUACAUUCAAAGUACAAGGCCAGGUGUACCAUAAAAUCGGAUCAUUGUUGCCAAUGCCUGAUGAUGAUCCAAAAUUUCUUCAAAUUUAUUUUAUGGGCAAUUGUGAAGAGCGCGUGACAACUCGGUGCCAGUAUAAUUUCAUUGACCAAGCAGAGGAAAGAGGGAUUGUGAUAUUGCUGGAAAAUUUUUUAGACGAUCAGAAUCAACUAAUUCGAUUGUUUAAAAGAGUUUCGCCACGAUUGCAAAAUGACAACUAUCAAAUCGUCAUAAAAGCAGACAAAGUACCAUUAGGUGAACAUGCUGGCAGAUUCAACGCUCCAACUGUUGAUGAGGUUGCCGUUAUUAUGGUUGGUGAUGACAAAAGUUGA